AGUACUCAUCCAACGCUAGCUAGCUGAUGAUUGACACACAGCCUCGUAAAUCUAUUCAAGAUACCUUCACAUCACUUCACAAGGAGUGUAAUGGCCAAGCAAUCUGAUGACCUCGCCUCUGUCAUGGGUCACACCUUCACCGACCAUUCCUUUCAACAUUACUCAGAAAUGAAUCUAGAGAGGAUCUACAUGGACUACAAUGCCACUACUCCGCUGGAACCAGAAGUGAUCCAGGCCAUUACUGAAGCCCUCCAGGAUGCCUGGGGAAACCCAAGUAGCAAUUAUAUAGCAGGUGCUAAAGCCAAGGCAACAAUUAAUCAGUCCAGAGAGAAUGUGGCAAGAAUGGUUGGAGGUAAAGCGGAAGACAUCAUUUUCACAUCAGGUGGAACAGAGGCAAAUAACCUGGUGCUGCACACUGCUGUAGAGCACUUCAGGAGAAGCUGCAGGGCUGCAGAGCAAUGUGAAGGACACCAGAAUGGAAGCAAUGGCCUUCCUCACAUAAUCACCUCUAACGUGGAGCAUGACUCGGUCAAACUAGUAGCCGAGCACCUACAGAAAGAUGGCAAGGCAGAUGUGACAUAUGUGCCUGUGUCUAAGGCGACAGCCCGUGUGGAGGUGGAAGAUAUCAUUGCUGCGGUGCGUCCCAACACUUGUCUCAUCUCAAUCAUGCUGGCCAACAAUGAGACAGGUGUCAUCAUGCCAGUCCAGCAGAUCUGCCAGAGAAUCAAAUCCAUCAACAAGCAGCACGAGCGGCUCCGGAUCCUUCUCCACACUGAUGCUGCUCAGGCUCUGGGGAAAAUCAGAGUUGAUGCCUGUGAGCUGGGAGUGGAUUACCUCACCAUAGUGGGACACAAGUUCUAUGCCCCUCGGAUUGGGGCUUUGUAUGUGAACGGCCCCGGAACCAGUACUCCAUUGUAUCCGAUGCUGUUUGGGGGAGGACAGGAGAGAAACUUUAGACCAGGCACAGAAAACACACCAAUGAUCGCUGGUCUGGGAAAGGCUGCAGAGCUGGUGACCUCUAACCUGUCAGAUUAUGAGAGUCAUAUGCAAAGUACCAAACUUUACUUGGAAGAACGACUGAAGGCCAUCUUUAAAGACAAGAUCCGCUUCAACAGCCAUUACCCUGGCUCUGAUAUCCUCCCUAACACAUGUAACGUGUCCAUCCUGGGGCCAACAUUACAAGGCUGGCGGGUAUUGUCCAACUGUAGGAGGCUGUUGGCCAGCGUUGGCGCCGCCUGCCACUCUGACAGUGGAAACAGGCCGUCUCACAUCCUUCUGAGCUGUGGCGUCCCCACAGAGGUGGCAGCUAAUGCCUUGCGUUUGAGCUUGGGCAGGGGGACGACCAAAGCAGACGUGGACGCAGUUGUGGAGGACCUGAGGGAAACCGUGCAUCUGCUGGAAGAAAUGGACUGAUGGCCUUCAUGUGCAUAAACAAGUCAUCCUGUAGGUCAGAUAAGGUCAGCUGUAUAGAAUUAAGAACACAUCAUCUUGUGUUUUAUUGUUACAUUCUCUGAUCAUGCAAAACAAUAUGUAAAUGAAAUAAUAAAAGGGAAGCACUUGAAGCUUGAAGUGACCUUACGGGUGAUGUUAUGGAGAGAUGACUGUAUUCAGCUUCCAUCACGUCAUGUGAGGAGCUAAUCAGCUAAUUGGAGUGAGCUGUAUGACAUGUAUGAGUGUUAUGGAAAUAAAAUAUUA